AUGGGUUACGGAUACAUCAACGUUACUUCGUGCUUGGCCACUGGUAUUGCCCUCACAGCUGCGACUGUUGUUGUCGUCGCCCUUCGACUGGGUGUGGCAGGACGUCAAGCGAACGGGUCUAGAGAUGCGCGUUUCAGCAAGUAUCUCGACGACUUGUUUUGUCUCCUGGCUCUUCUCCCAACUAUUGGUAUUUCUACCGUUAUGAUCUAUGGUGCGGCUAAGGGAAUCAUUGGCGGUCAUAAUGACCCUAGCAAUGUUGAGGGCUGGAUCAACAGCACUACACCAGAACUGGUAAUUUUAGAGAAGUGUGUGUACAUGAUCUUCAUUAUGCAGCCGUUGGCUAUUGGUCUUACAAAACUCGCUUUCCUCUUUCUCUACCGUCGCAUAUUUACAUGGCCUAGCUUUCAGUGGACUUCUCUGGUCUUCGUUAUUCUCACUGUCGCUUUCACAAUCGCCUUCUUCCUUGGGUUCAUCUUCGACUGCCGCCUGAACUUCGCUGCCAACUGGGGUUCUCUGGCAAGCAUUACCGAGAAUUGUCCUUUUGGAUUUGAAGCGACUAUCGCGUUCACAGUCUUUGAUGCCUUUUUGGAUCUAUGCAUCCUACUUCUCCCACUUCCUUGGAUCUGGCGUCUACAAAUCCCUACUAUCCGCAAGAUCCAGUUGUGUGGUGUGUUCCUACUUGGAGGAUUCGCUGUUACUUCUGCAGUUGUUCGUAUGGUCAUCUGCAUCAAGCAGAACACACCCUCUGCUGCCCUCAAUCAGCAGUACAUCAUGGGUAUGCCCACCUACGACAUCAUUGGCAUAACCUCGCAUGGUCUUUUCUGGACUGUCGUUGAAACCAACGUCGCUCUCAUUGCAUGCUGCCUUCUCAAAAUGCGACCUGUGUUCAGCAUAUCUGGUCUGGGAAGUCUUAUGGUGUCCAUAGGCUGUCUCCUUCAGAAGGUAGGCUCCAGCGUGGGUACUCGUAAUUCCAAGAGUGCAACCAGCGGUAGUGGCAAGUUUAGUAAAAUCUCCGCGGCUACAGUUCUUACAAUUGGUAGUACGCCCCGUGUCCGGGUGGAUCAUUAUCGCUCUGCAGAAAACUACCGUACUGGAAGCGAUAUUAGUCUCGUCGAGAUGGGCAACAAAGUAGAAACAGCGGCUGUAGAGCGGCUAUAG